UCCAGGAUAUAUUUUUUUUCUUAAGGAGAAGACUGAAGAAAGCUUUCUCUUGCAGCCCUGGCCAGUUCCCUGCUUCCCUCUUUUCAAUGUAGGUAUGUUGGGGAGUGACAGCUGGAGCGGGGCGGGGGCGGGGCGCUUCACAGCUAGGGGAGAAGCUCGUGGAACUGCAGGCCUGUGGAAAUAGCUUAGCGGCGGGGUAGGCAUGGGGCAGGGGUGACAUCAAAGUUUGGGGAGCAAAAAUCAAGGAGCGAAAAUCAAGGGGUUGGACCUCAGUGGAGCUCCGCAGCCCUCCAAAUGACGGGCGGGGCCUGCUGCCAGUGGGCAGGCCCACCUGCUGGGGCGGGGCCUCUAGACGUUCGAGUCCCACCUUCUAGGGGCGGGGCUAGGGCGGAAGGGUGGGCCGUGGCCUGUGGAACCUCAGAACACUGGCGACACCCGGCUUGAGCUCGCGUCUGCCGGCGCGGGGUUCCUCCGACGCAGCCUCUCAUUCAAACGAUGCCGAAGGGGCGGCGCGGCAGCCAGAGCCCCACGAUGAGCCAGCGGCCGGCCCCGCCUCUCUAUUUCCCAUCCCUCUACGACCGCGGCAUCUCCUCUUCGCCACUCAGCGACUUCAACAUCUGGAAGAAGCUUUUUGUGCCGCUGAAGACGGGCGGGGCGGCAGCGGGCGGGGCAGCGGGGAGCCGGCCCCUGCCACAGGCGCCCUCGGCCCCGGCUCCCCCGCCGCCGCCACCACCCGGCCUGGGUCCCCCCAGCGAGCGCCCCUGGCCCCCGCCCUGGCCUUCCGGCCUGGCCUCCAUCCCCUACGAGCCUCUGCGUUUCUUUUACUCGCCGCCGCCAGGGCCCGAAGUGACUGCCUCGCCCUUGGCCCCCGGCCCCAAGACCCCCUGGCUCGCCUCUGCCUCCCACCCCGAGGAGUUGUGCGAGCUGGAGAUCCGGAUUAAGGAGCUAGAGCUGCUCACCAUCACUGGGGACGGCUUCGACUCCCAGCGCUAUAAAUUCCUGAAGGCGCUAAAAGAUGAAAAGUUACAAGGACUGAAGACCAGGCAACCUGGAAAAAAAACUCCUCUCUCCUGAGAAGCUGCCCACCAGAGCUUGGGCAGCCGCCUCCUUAGGUGUUAGUGCUUAGAUAAUGCGUCCCAUUUGUUGUCGUUUCAAAGAUCGUUAUUUUCUCUUCUGUAUUUACUGCUGUUCUUGUUGCUCCCAGCAUGUACUCCACAAACAGUGCCCACUUGAGUGGUAAAUCUCACGGUCUCGCUCCUCUUUGUGCUGCUGCCGGGAAAGCUCUCUCGCCGGGUCUAUACACUACUGCCCGGCUGCCAUUCAGGGUCUCCUGAGACCAGGGGAGGGGCCCACAACGCUGCCAUAGUCAGACAAAGCAGAAUAA